AUGAAAUCAGUUUCAAUCAUUGCCAUCGCUGUUUUUGCCCUUAUUGCUCAAUGCUCAAGUGCUCCUGUUGCUAAUCAACAAGCAGAACUUCAAACUCGUAUUGACUUCUAUAAUGAUUUCUUAGCUGGUUUUCUUUCGAAUCUUGUCCAAACAACUCUAGGCUCAGUAUCAGGUUUAGUUAACCAAAUCAUUGGUGAAAAUCCAUUAGGUGUUGGCAAACGAGAAAUUGAUCAAUCUCGUAUUGACUUUUAUAAUGAUUUCUUAGCUGGUUUUCUUUCGAACCUUGUCCAAACAACUCUUGGUUCAGUAUCAGGUUUAGUUAAUCAAAUCAUUACUGAAAAUCCAUUAGGUGUUGGUAAACGGGAUGCUGAAAGCGAUUUAGCAGCACGCAUCAGUAUUGCUGAUUUUCUCUAUGACAACAUCCUUCAACAACUCUUCAGUGGUUUAGUUACUAAUACUUUCACUACAGCUACCAAUGCCCUCACCAAUUUAAUUCAAACAAAUCCAUUAGGUGUUGGUAAACGAGAUGCUGAAAGCGAUUUAGCAGCACGCAUCAGUAUUGCUGAUUUUCUUUAUGACAACAUCCUUCAACAACUCUUCAGUGGUUUAGUUACUAAUACUUUCACUACAGCUACCAAUGCCCUCACCAACUUAAUUCAAACAAACCCAUUAGGUGUUGGUAAACGGGAUGCUGAAAGCGAUUUAGCAGCACGCAUCAGUAUUGCUGAUUUUCUUUAUGACAACAUUCUUCAACAACUCUUCAGUGGUUUAGUUACUAAUACUUUCACUACAGCUACCAAUGCCCUCACCAACUUAAUUCAAACAAAUCCAUUAGGUGUUGGUAAACGUGCUAUUGGUAACAAUGCUCAAUGA